UAGAACUGGGAUAGAACAGGAACCCCGGGGACAGAACUGGGAUAGAACAGGAACCCCGGGGACGGAACUGGGAUAGAACAGGAACCCGGGGAUUGAACUGGGAUAGAACAGGAACCCCGGGGACAGAACUGGGAUAGAACAGGAACCCGGGGACGGAACUGGGAUACAACAGGAACCCGUGGAUGGAACUGGGAUAGAACAGGAACCCGGGGACGGAACUGGGAUAGAACAGGAACCCGGGGACGGAACUGGGAUAGAACGGGAACCCGUGGAUGGAACUGGGAUAGAACAGGAACCCCAGGGUGGAACUGGGAUACAACAGGAACUCCGGGGAUGGAACUGGGCUGCGCCGGGACUCUCGGUGUGGGACUGGGAUGGAAUGGGUCCGACUGUGUGGAACUGGGACCUGCUGGGAUCCCGGGGGGGAACUGGGAUAGAGCGGGACCUUCGGUGUGGAACUGGGACUUGCCCGGACACCAGGGUGGAACCAGGACCUGCUGGAACCCCGGCGCGCAACUGGGACAUACUGGGACUCCCGGUUUGGAACCAGGAGGUACCAGGACCUUCGCUGUGGAACUGGGACGUCCUGGGACUUUUUGUGUGGAGCCAGGACGUGUUGGAACCCCCAGCGAGGAACUGGGACGUGCCAGUACCCUCCGAGUGGCACCGGCACCUCUUGGGACCCUCCGAGUGGCACCGGGACGUGCCGAGAGCCGGGCGGGCACAGGGAAUUCCAGGCAGGACCAUCCCGGCAUGGAGAAGGAAAGCCCGGCGGGUGCCACCCGCUGUGACCCCGCUGCUGGCCAGGGCACGGACACCGCGCCCCGGUCCCCAUGGGAGGAGGAGAGGGAUGAGGAUGAUGAUGAGGAUGAUGAUGACGAGGACGUGGCAGGUGACGGCGAGCACAUCCUGCGCUACAAGCUGGGGCUACUAGCCGCGGUGACCCGGCCACAACAGCGGCCACAGCACCGCCCCGCCAGCGACCACGAGCACGGCUGCCAGGCCACCGCCGCGGUCCCCGCUGUCCCCGCUGCCAGCUCAGCCCCGCGACACCGCGGUGGCACCGGGCAGGACGAGCGCAGCCCGGAUCUCUUCGAGGACCUCCAGCACGCCGUGAGCUCCCUGGAACGCGCCGUGUUCUCCCGGCACCGGCAGCCGCCGGCAGCGUGGCCACUGCCCGGCGAGGCUUGGCACCGAGUGGUCAAGAGCCUGGACGAGCUGAGCCGGACACCGGGCUGGGCCCGCCGGUGGUGGCCGGAGGUGGCGGCGGGUCAGGGGCUACCGGCGGAGGUGGCGACAGAGGCGGCGAGGAACGCGAGCCUGCGGGCGGCCCUGGGGCACCGGGACGAGGAGCUGGGCCAGGCCACGGCCGCGCUGCGAGCGCUGCGGGGCGACCGGGACCGCCUGCAGGGCAAGGUGCGGGACCUGCGGGAGGCUCUGGCCAGGCUGGAGGAGCCGGGGGAGUCUGGCGGUGACACCCCCGGCAUCGGUGGCACCCCCGGCAUCGGUGACAUCCCCGGGGUCGGUGGCACCCCCGGGAUCGGUGGCACCCCCGGCAUCGGUGACACCCCCGGCAUCGGUGACACCCCCGGGAUCCGUGACACCCCCGGGAUCCGUGACACCCCCGGGAUCCGUGACAGCCCCGGGAUCGGUGGCACCCCCGGGCUCAGCAGCCCCUCGGGGCACCGGCCCCACGGGAUAAAACCCCACGGGAUGCAGCCCCUCGAUGUCCAACCGCUCGGGACCCAGCCCCACACCGCGCUGUCCCCACAAGCCUCGGCGGGAGGCAGCCGGGAGCAGGAGGAGCGGGUGCAGCAGCUGGAGGGGUGCCUGGCGCGGCUGCAGGAGCAGAACCGGGAGCUGGCGGCCGCGUUCGGCGAGUGCAAGGGCGAGGCGGAGCGGCUGAGCAUGGAGCUGGGACAGCGCGAGUCCCGCUGCACCGCCCUGCGCCUGGCGCUGCGCUGCAGCGAGCGCUGCGGGGGGGCCUACGCCGCCCUCCUGGAGCUGGUGCGGGCAAAGGGGACACCGGAGGAGGACGGCACCCGUGGGGGAACAGCGACGGAGCCGAGCCCGGGCCACGCACCGGGACCCGGCCCCGCCACACCGGAGCCACCGGAGCCGGACAAGCGGGGGGACAGCGCGGACAGCGCACACAGCUGCCGGGGCAUGGAGGAGGGAGCGCUGCGGGAACACAUCCGGCGGCUCCGCGCCGAGCAGGCGGUGGUGGAGGGGUCCCUGCUGGACACCCCCGAACCCGCCGGGCCCCCCCGGGGUCGGGACCCCCGAGCUCGGGCGGAGCGGGCGCUGCGGGACGCGCGGGCGCUGCUGCUGCCCGGCUGGAGGCGGCCCGAGAAGGCGGAGCUGCUGCGGGAGCUGGUGGUGCUCAAGGAGGCUCUGGCCGAGCUGCGGACGCGGCUGCAGUUGGCGCAGUGGGAGAAGCGGGCCCUGGACCUGCUGGUGGCCGCGCAGGGACCCCAGGAAGCCGCCCUGCGCCUGGUGCUCCAGCACCGGCAGCGGGAGCGGGAUCGGGAUCGGGAUCGGGAUGAGCCCUCCAGCAGCUCCAGCAGCUCCAGCAGCUCCGAGGAGAUCGGCCGGGGGGGCAGCGAUGGCUCCACGGAACCCUCCGGAUGUGGAGAGAACCAGGGAGGAGCUGCUCCGGAUCCGGGCCAGGACGGAGCAGCUGCGGCGCCGGGCGCAGGAUCUGGCGCUGGCCCUGGAGCGGGGCAGCGCUGCCAGCCGGGCCCAGCAGGCGCAGAGCGGCGCGGCCGCCGCGGAGCUCUGCCAGGCGCACCGCUCCCUGGCCCUGGCGCACCGCGGGGCCCGGCGCAGGCAGGCGGAGCAGCUGCGGCGCCUGGAGGCGCAGGCGGGAGCGCUGCGGAGGCAGCACGGCCGGAGGGAGCAGGCGCUGGCCCGCAAACUGCGCGGCCUCCAGCAGGGCGGCGAGACCUGCAUCUAGACACCCCAAAAACUUCCUGGAGAAGGCCGGGAAGAUCCCCGGAGAACCCACAAAAACACCUGGAGAAGCCCAGGAAAAAAAACCCCACCACGGAGGACACACAAAAACUCCCUGGGGAAUGCAUAAAAAUUCCUGGAGAACGCAAUAAAACCCCCUGAGAACUCAAAAAAUCCCAGGAGAACUCAAAAAACUCCUGAAGAACCCACAAAAAUUCUUGGAGGCCCCAGAAAAACUGCUGGAGACCCCACAAAAAACCGCUGGAGACCCCAAAAAUCCCCAGGAGACCCCCCAAAAACCCCUGCAUAUCCCUCAAAAACCGCUGGAGACCCCACGAAACCCCCUGCAGAACCCAAAAAAACCCCAGGACACCCCCCAAAAACCGCUGGAGAACCUCCAAAAACCGCUGGAGACCCCCCAAAACCCCCCAGGAGACCCCCCAAAAACCGCUGGAGACCCCCAAAAACCGCUGGAGACACCACAAAAACUGCUGGAGACCUCACAAAACCCCUGCAGAACCCCCAAAAACAGCUGGAGACCCCCUAAAAACCCUGCAGAACCCACAAAAACCACUGGAGAACCCGCAAAAACCCCAGAAGAGCCCCCAAAAACCGCUGGAAAAACCCCAAAAACCCCAGAAGAGCCCCCCAAAAACCACUGGAGACCCCACAAAACCCAAGGAGACCCCCCAAAAACCGCUGGAGACCCCACAAAACCGCUGGAAAACCCCCAAAAACCACAGAAGACCCCCGCAAAACUCCAGAAGAACCCCCAAAACCCUGGAAGACCCCCCCCCCCCCAAACCCCCAGGAGAACCCCCAAACCCUCCCAGCAAAGCACGGCGUGCCCGCUUUAACCCCAAAUAACAACCCCGUGGCUCAGCCCCGCCGCUUU